AUGGCGCCGCCAGCUAAAAGCCAUGUUGCUGAUGACUGGGAAGCCGAAGAGGGCAUUCCCCGCUUCGAAGAUGCGUUUAUUCAGAAAUACCUCCAGGGCCGAGAGGCACUUAUUGAAGAGGAAAGAAAACAGAGACACGACGUACAUUUUAGAAAUGCCCUGUCGCCCGUGGUGAGGGAGGCUUGUCGCAUUGUCGAAUACAUCCGGGCUAAAGAGCUGAGGGAUGUAUGGACCAGGGAUGUCAAAAACGAAUUGGGCGAUGAGAUCUUGUUUCCGGGGAUGAUGUUUCGGUUGGCGAGAGAUCGGAUGGAGAAAACUGACCUGUGGAAGAUUAUGAAACGGAUGCCGAAAGGCGCGUUGUUACAUGGGCAUUUAGAGGCGAUGGUUGACUUGGACCUUCUUAUUGACCAAGUCAUGUCUCUGCCUGGAAUGUAUAUGGCAGCUUCAAGCCCUUUGGUGUCGAAAAGGGAUCUCGAGGUCAGCUCGCUACAAUUCAAAUACUUCUCGGCGCCACCCUCAGGUUCCCAGUCUCCUACGCUUUGGGAUGGGGAUUAUCAAUCUUUGACAUUUCUGCCUGUGCAGGAGGUUGCCGCUACGUUUCCUGACGAGGGCAGAGAAGGGUUUCGCGAAUGGUUAAAAAGCCGAUGUACGAUUGGUUAUGAGGCUUCACUCAAUCAUCACCAUGGCAUAGAUGCAAUUUGGGAGAUCUUUGGACGAACUUUCGAAGUGGUGGACUCGAUUCUGUAUUACGAACCUAUCUUCCGUGCCUGCUUGCAACGGAUGUUGGCCGAGCUUCAUGAAGAUGGGAUCCGAUAUGUUGAAUUUCGGUUGGCGUUUGACUUUGAAUAUCGACGGGACAAGUGUGACACCGCUGAAGAAGAUUACAUCGAGCUUUUUGAAGUCUUUGAUGAAGAGGUCGAGAAGUUCAAGAGUUCUGAAGCUGGAAAAGGAUUUUAUGGGGCUAGGAUGAUCUGGACCACCAUUCGAAGAUACUCGAAUAGGGAGAUUGCGGAGAGCAUGAAGCAGUGCAUCCUGACAAAGAGGGAGUUCCCUGACCUUAUUGCAGGAUUUGAUUUAGUUGGACAAGAAGACGAGGGCAGGCCCCUUGCUGAUCUAGUGCCUUUACUGUUCUGGUUCAAGAAACAAUGUGCUCUUGAAGAGGUGGAAAUUCCCUUUUUCUUUCACGCCGGAGAAUGUUUAGGAGAUGGUGAUGAAACGGACCGGAAUCUCUAUGAUGCCAUUCUAUUAGGCACUCGGAGACUAGGGCAUGCCUUCUCCCUUUAUAAGCACCCGCUUUUGAUUGACUUGGUGAAGGAAAGGAGGAUUCUUAUCGAGUGUUGUCCCAUCUCCAACGAAAUCCUGAGGCUAACCAGCUCGAUCAUGGCGCAUCCUCUCCCAGCUUUGUUAGCUAGAGGAGUUCCGGUAGCUCUAUGUAACGACGAUCCAGCCACGCUCGGCUGUGGCAAGAAUGGGCUCACGCAUGACUUUAGCCAGGUCCUCUACGGACUCGAGAACACCGGACUUUCCGGGAUUGCGACUAUGGCAGAAAAUUCCAUUCGAUGGAGCUGUUUCGAGGAUCAAAACCAGGCGGGAUGGCUUAAAGAUAUCAAGGACGGAAUAACAGGCAGCGGCGUGAAGGCUGCUCGGCUCAAGGAUUGGAACGUGGAGUUUGAACGGUUCUGUCAGUGGGUAGUGUUGGAAUUCGGUCCAGAGGUCCCCGGAGAGAAUGAAUCAUGA